UGUUGUCGGUAAACCGAAAACAACCACAUCACUGCGGCGCGGCAUAACCAAGCCGGUGAUGACAACGUCCUGCCAUGUUUGGGAAAGCUAGAUAAUUUCUUACGGAAUGUGUAGACAAAACGUUACUAAAUAAUACAGGUUUUCAAGAAGCAGUCUCUAAAUGGAUCCCUUAUUUGGACUUCCGGUUGUGAAAGAAUCCCGGGCAAUGGAGAGCGCAAGAAACCGGAACCGAACACAACAGCGACGCCUUGGCUCUCAGUUACUGAAAUUACACUCCAAGCUAGAGUGUAACACGUCACGUAUCAUACAGAACAAGAAUGUGGCUUUGGACCUCUGGAAUGUUAUCCACCCUCCCACUCUCAACAAAAAUGCCGUCUGCCCAUCCGGUCUCACUAACCGGGAGAAGUUGGUAUACAAACACAUGCGGAAGUCUGGUCCUCUCAGUAUGUCGCUUGAGGAAUUUGAUAAAAAGAUGGACGAGUUAAAGAAUAUAAUUGCCCAAAGCAGGCAAAUUGUUAAAGCUGAAAAGUUACCAAAGAAGGGACGGAGGAAUAGCGAGGUUGUAACCGGAAGUACUAGACGUGCUAGUAUCAUACCGGACGACCAACAAAUACGCUCCCCGCUCAUCAAUAGGAAACACAAGAUGAAGGAAGCCCUGGAACGCUUAGAGACGGCAGAUGUUCGUAUCAAGAACCAGAACCCAAGUGACCAGUACAAAUCUGAGUCGCGCAGGCAUAGUUCAGUACUUCCGUCCCUUCCAGGCGGAAGUCGAAACGGUACUUCCGAUAACAACAGAAAUCAUUCAAAUGGUCGGCCAAGAAGAAACUCCGUAGCUGUUGUGUCACUUGAAACUCCUGAAAAUGAUCGCAAUCUGAGUUCGUCAUCAGAGGAGAGAAAACAAACAAUGGAAGAUGUGAAAACUCUCAUGGGGCAAUUGGCGAUACAUUGGACGUAAACAUUUGUUGUGGGAUGAAAUGAAAUAUAAACAGAAUGUGGCAAGUCGUUUUAAUAACGCGAACGCGAAUGAAAUUCGUACUCAGUAAAUAUGUAAAGGAUAGUUGAUAUUACAGAGAACCAUCCGAGAGCUUGCAACGUUUAAAACUGGAUCUGAUCAAAGACAAACACACAACAAACUGUUGACAUAUUUUAGAUUGAAAUCCCUGCUGCUGUUACCGUGAAAUGAACCGAUCCAAGCUAGUUGUCAUGACGUCAUUACAUAUUUGUUCACUGACAACACAAGGAUGCUCGGCUCAUAUGCUAUGAUUAAGAACCAAUAAAACGGUACCCAUCUACCGUGCAUGUAGUUCUAGUAUUAUCUCUGGUGUAUAUUGGAAUUAAACUAAUAACUGUUA